AUGGCGGCGGCCCCUGAGGGCCGGGGCCGCGCGCGCUGGGCGGGGCUGCCCUCCCGGGCCGCGCCUGCGCGGGGCCGCGCGCGCCGCCACUUCCGGCUGCCGGCGGCCGCUUCCGGCCCCCCGUUCCUUGGUAACAAUGGAGCAGAAAAUGGCGGCCUGAGCGGGCAGGAGGCGGCGCGGCGGCGGAGCGGCACGGAAGGAGCGCGGACAGCCGGCACCCAGCCCCGAGCGGUGCGGGCAGCGGUGCACCCACAGCCGGGGGGGCGGCGGCGGGCGGCGGCGGCGGGCGGUGAGCACCGGGGCGGGGGCGGGCUCUCAAAAUGGCCCGGGGAAGGGAGAGGCCCAGGCCCGGGGGAGGCGGCGGCGGCCUCCGCCCGGAGCGGAGGGCGGCAGCGGGGCCCCUCAGUCCCCGCUCGGGGGCAGCGGGGCGGCUCUGCGGAGCGCGGGAGGCUCCAUCCGCGGUGCCGUGAGGGAGCGGGGGCCGGUGAUGGCGGUCCGAGCGCGGGUGUGCCCGGAUGGGCCGCGCUCCGUCACCCCGGGGAUUCUCCUGGCGGGGCCUCCCGCCGCCACCCUGAUCCUCCAGCGGGGGCUGGAGCUGGGUUCGCGCUGCUCCCGGGGAGGGCAGGCGGGCCCGGCACCCUCCGGGUGUCCGGCUGGGCUGGGGGAGGAAUUGGAACAAGCUCCUUUUGGGAGGGGUGGAGGGAGGGGGGUGCUUAG